AUGUCGGGAUCCGGUUUCCAAACGCAGCUGCACCAGGAUUUGAAUCGGGCUUCUGGUGCGCGCUUCUCCCUUCUUCCUUUGCCGCGUGCUGGACGCGUAUCUGACUGUAACCUUUGUGCGUUGUCUUCGCAACUUCUCGGUUCCCCGCCACGUCGAUCAGGGGCUGCUUUGGCUGCUAUUCUAUGGGAUUGGGCAAUUACGUUCGGCGAUGAGGUCGAGCUAAUCUGGUCGAAAAGCCAUUCGUCAUGGUUGAAGUGGAUCUUUCUGUUCACGAGAUACUAUAUCAUCCUCGCGUCGAUAGCGGCCAGAGCAGUUGAGGCUGUAAUGGUCUUUAGCGACCAUUAUCUCAGCUGGACGUCCCUCAGGGUGUGGUACUCUUGUCAAGUCCUCGUCGCGUCUCAUGCAAUGUCGGCUCUGGAAGUCGUCCUCAUGAUCAGAGGCAAACCACGGUGGAUGGCAACGUUGUUUGUUCUCCUUCUCUUACUCGAAAACGGCAUCGUGCUUGUCGGCAUCAUCGCCCACCUCCCAAAAGACAGCUUCCACCCAAUGGACCUCGUUGAGAAUCUCCCCCCUUCGUUUUCUUACUUCGGAUUCACAACUAUGGCUGUUCAAGGUGUGAUCAUGUAUCUCACUGUUCGAAGAUAUAUGCAAGGACCCUGGAAGACAAUACCACUCGUCAAGCUUAUCUUCCGGGACGGCACUUUGGCAUUUACUGUCCUGAGCAUUUCUUCACUCGUUAUGGCGAUAUACACCCUUUGCGGACUUCCAUAUGCUGUAGCAGGCUACCCUUGGCUGCUCGUAGCAAUUUCAGCCGUGACCUGCCGUAUGAUUAUCAACAUGCAAAGACUACCACUGCAACAAGAGCACACAAUCAAUGGAUCAACCGGAAUUCAAUUUACAACUUUCUUUUCGACUGUAUAUGAAACCUCCCAACGGACACCGUUCACUGAACAACUAACCUCGACUGAUUUUUCUUCACCAUGGCAUAGUACGCAUUAUAACUAUAGGCCAGAUCUGUAA